AAUACUACAAUUUGCUUAAAUUUUCAAGAUCCCAAUUCUUCCCUUCUCGGUAAUCUCUCUCGAUAGGCUGCAGUUGAUAGCUGAACAUGGCAGAUUGGACGGAUCUUCCGGUGGACAUUUUGGUUGUUAUCUCACAAAGUUUAACUGUAAUAGAGGAUUUUACUUCCUUUGCUGCUGUUUGUAAAGACUGGAAAUCAGUGACUUCAAUAUUGAAGAAGAAGCCUUCGUUGCCUACUAGAUAUCCUCGGCUCAUGCUUGCUGAAAAAAUAGAUACCGAGGAUCAAGAGAAUCAAGAUGCGUCGAUUCGUUGCUUUCUAAACUUAUUAACGUCUAAGAGAUUUCAACUUCAGUUGCCAGAAGCGAAUGGCAGGAAGUGCACGGGAGCACAUUACGGAUGGUUGUGGACAAUUGGCACGGAUUUGCAAAUCAAUUUAUUGCACCCCUUCUCUAGACAACAAAUUUGCCUACCUCCUAUGCUGACCUUUCCUGAUCAGUAUGAAUAUAAUGAGAAAUUCACGCCACAAGAGGUUUGGUAUUUCUUUGUUUCGAAAAUAGCGAUGUCCUCAAAUCCUUGUAAGGAGAAAAGUUUACAUGAUUAUAAUGAGGAUUGUACUGUAGUUGCUAUUUAUGGAGAAUUUUCUAUAUUGGCUUUUACAAAAUUAGGAGGUACUGUUUGGACCAAUAUCUCAGUCCAUUCUCGCGUUUAUCAAGAUAUAAUUUUCUACAAUGGCAAAUUUUAUGCCGUAGAUGCUCAUGGAGUUGUAGUUGUUUGUGAGUUUGAUGAUGCCAAUGGCCCAAAAGCAACAGUUAUUGCCCCUGCUCCAAUUGAAACCAGGGAUACAUAUCAGAAGUAUCUAGUGGAAUCAUCUGGACAUCUUCUACUGGUUUCUCGCAUCCGAAGGGGUUAUUUAUUUGGUGAUGAUGAUGAUGAUGAUGAUGAUGUAGAAGAAGAUGAUAUUGAUGAUCAGGACGAGGAUGCGGGUGAUGAUAUUGAUGAUCAGGACGAGGAUGCGGGUGAUAAUAUUGAUGAGUGUAAGGGGGAUGUUGAUGGUAGUGAUAAUGUUGAUCAGGUGGAGGAUGCCGAAGGUAGUGACAAGGAAGAGGAGAAGAAAGCUAGAUACUAUACAAUUGGCUUUUCUGUUUUGAGGCUAGAUGAAUGUCAUGAGGAGGGGAAUAAUUAUGCAUAUAGAUUAACUGAAGUGACUAAUUUAGGAGAUCAAGCAUUGUUCUUAGGUAGUAAUGUAUCUACAUCAAUUGCCUCGUCAGGAUGUAUCAAACCAAAUUGCAUAUACUUUACGGAUGAUAAUUGUGAGCUCUAUUUCAAUGAACCAGGUGGAGGUGGCCAUGACACCGGAAUCUUUAACAUGGAAGACGGAACCAUUCAAUUAAAUUAUGCUGGAGAAUCUCGUAGUAAUUUUUCACCUCCAUUAUGGUACAUCUGAUUUUCGACGAGUCAUUUAAAUUAUUUCUUUCAAUAUUGAUGAGUCAUUUAAAGUAUGUACUAGUUCUCUUUGAUUGUUGUUCAUUUAAUUUCAGACAUAUCGACAGGAUUUUGUAUUUUGGAAAAGUCAUAAUCAAGCUUAAAAUUAGUUACUGAAGGAAUUCGAGAAUAACACUUACAUUUUGCC